AUGACCUACGCAUUGCCGCUGAACAAGAUCCUGGUAGCCUUCUCAGGAAACUCACACGAUGGAUGUUCUUAUAGAACAACGCUGCUUCAAGACCUAUUUGAUCUGGACGCCCAAGACGCUCAGGAAAAUAUCCUAAAAGACCUCUGCUGGAGAACGCGCUACUAUGAAUGUUCUUUUGAUCUGUACAUUGACGAAUUCGAGGACUUCGAGGAGUGGUUAACAGAACUUUGUUUACAAGAAUUCGAUGAAUUACGAGAAGUGCUGGCAGGCAUCAUCGUUGUGGCAGACUAUGAUCCAGAGCACGAAGGAAAGGAUAUAAUACUACAGAAAUUUGCCAAUUGUUUAGGUCAAGGUUCUUUCAAUGUAUGGUGUAAUACUAAAGUGAUUAGUGAGGAAAAAGGUCUUGAUGCCAACUAUAUACUUCAUGAAGAGAAUACUGAAGCUGAAAUGGUUGAGAUACAAUGCGAAAAAGAUAUAAAUGAAUAUGGAGAAAAGCUUGGAUUGAAAAGAUUGAAGGAGAUCAUUGAUAUACAUGAAUGGGAUGGCGUGUUGAUGCCAUCUUGUCAGAUUAAAUUUCCCAAAUGA